UUAUCUUUCCCUUGAACCACGUUAAACUUUAUUUGUUUGGCAAGUUAUUUUUGCUUUAGUGGGGAAGUUUUUGUUUUUUUCCUAUUUGAUUUUCUUGUGAUUUAUUGUGACAAAUUAUAUUUCGGCGUAAAUCGUAAUGUCAUGAAAAGUUCUUCUGUAUAUUUUUUUUCUCCUCCAAUCAAAUUCAUGUGAUCAAGUAUAUUUCAUUUAUAACCGAACACCAGGAGAGAAAAUAAAACAGUCAGCUGAAAGCUAUUUUAGAUAUUUCAACACGCCUUUUUUUUUUUUUGUGUGACUACAUUACAAAUUUAUAACAUCGUCUCAAGGUCACCAAGAGAACUUGGUAAAAAUUUACCGAGAAUUUAACCUGCAUUUAAACUAAAACAUAAUUUGAUUAUAAACAUCUAGAACAAUCUAUACAAAAAUUACACCAAACAUCUCAGAGGAUCAAUAACAGAAAGCAUCAUGAAUGAGAAUGAAUCGCAAUCCAAUGAGAGAACCUUUACUGAAGACUUAAGCAUGAACACCUUGGAAGACAAUCCAGAAUACAGAUUUCAGAAUGCUUGCUGUCUUCAUACACUUUCCAGAAAAAUUUUUAGAUGUCUAUUUUCCCUAAAAAGAAUUUCUUCAAAUGCACAAAAAUAUGUUAUUUGGAUUUUGAUAAUUAUACUGUCUCUGUCUGGUGGACUUUAUUUGCGAUGCUAUGUUUUCCAGAAAAGAUCUAUGGUUCUCUUACCAUCAGAUAUUUCUGUUGUAGACACAAUUCUGCCUCUCUUUUGCUCCAGUUUAUCAAUUUGCUAUAAAGGAAACAAAAUUAAAGCUUAUGUUUUACCAAGGAAGCCUGAACUUAACAAAGCACAAGUCCAACACAACUAUACAGUUAGAUUUAUCUUGAAGGAAGAAAAUGAGAAAAUAUGGCCCAUAAAUUUACAACAAAAUUCUUCUUUAUCAAUGAGAUUGUGUAGUGAAGGACUAUCAGAGAUUGGUUUAAUUACAAGCAAAGAAAACUUUGAGAAAUGGGAAUCGGAGAAAGGAUGCAGUCGGUGUUUGCAGCGUUUUACUAUCGGUUCUACUUGCAUGAAAUUCAAGUUGUCACAACCAGCUGCUAAUAUGCACUAUAUUGUUUUCAGAAGUAUUGGAAAGGGAUCACUUAUUAAGGCAGAUAUUUCCCUGAAAAGAACAUUGUAUAAAAUUCAAGGAAGCAAUUUUCCUAUUAAAAAGUACAACAACUGUUUUAAAAUACCAGUGAAAAUGCAAUCAUCCGAAUAUAUUUUAUUGCAAUUUCUGUCAAAACAAUGGGAGUUUAUUUCAUUAACAGUAGAAUACAAUACUAGAAAUUAUAUAUUUAUCAUAUUCUUUCUUGUUCUACCAUGCUUUUUGGGGUCAUUGGUUUUUUCUAUGACAGAGCGGUUACUUAAUAACUAUUCUGAUGAAGAUUUAGAAGACAUUGAAGAUAAUACAAGCACGUUGUCAGUUAUUGAGUACAUUGGCUCAACUAAUCCACCAUCAUACGAUACCCUCUUCCCUGAAAAUGACCCUAACACACUACCAUCUUACCAAAAAUGUGCUGAAAUCGGUAUCCCAAAAACAUCUUGAACAAAAUGGAUUAUGGACGCCUUUAUUUAUUUAUAUAUUUAUUCAUUCAGGCAUGAUACUGAAUAUAUUUUUUCACUCAAAAUAAAAAUAAAAAGAUGAUAUUUAAAAACAAAUUAAAAAACAUA